GUGGACCUCCCCACCUGCGAGACGCCCUCGCGGGGCGAGACGCGCGCCGAGGCGGGGGGCCCGGGUCCGGCGCGCUCUCCUUGGAACCCCUUGGUAGCCACCGCCCGUCGAGUCGCGGUGCAGCCUCUCGCCGAGCUAGGGCGUCGGUUGAACUGCGGCUGUCCUGCUCUGAACUCUCCCGACCCUGUCCACUUGAGGGGUUGGUUUGAUGAGAGAAGUCCAGAGUCGGUGCGCUAGUCGCGGCAGCGUGAGGGCCCAGAGCUUCUUUGUCUUCUUUCUCCGCGUUAAAUGGGGCGCUUGUUUCCUUCGGCUCUCCAGAAGCGUGAGCGCCGCAGCCCGCCCGGGGUUAACGUGUUAGACCCUCGAGGGUGCAGAUGGGAGGUUCGAGGCCAAUCUGAAGCCAGCAUGCUGCAGUCCUGGGCCAUUCUCCUAAACCCUAGCCAUACCUCCUAUUUGAAGCGAGGCGCACAGACCCAGACUGGUGCUGCAGUGAAGGGCUCAGGGUUCCGGCUUUUUGUUCUCUUGAACUCUUCAUGCUGCACUUGACGUGAGAUCCCCUGUUGGAGAACCAGACCCAGAGUAGGCCCCUGUCCACAAUAGGAGUUUGCUACUUAAAGCCUGCCACCAGAUUCAGCUCAGCCCAGGAGUCUUGCCAAAGAGAGUGAGGUCCUUUGGUACUGAAGACCGUCCCACAGACAGGCCUGCUCCCCCAAGAGAGGAAAUUUAUGAGUACAUCAUUUUCCGGGGAAGUGAUAUCAAGGAUAUUACUGUGUGCGAACCUCCAAAAGCUCAACAUACACUCCCUCAGGAUCCUGCUAUUGUUCAGUCCUCCCUGGGCUCUGCCUCCGCCUCGCCCUUCCAGCCGCAUGUGCCUUACAGCCCCUUCAGAGGGAUGCCACCGUAUGGCCAGCUGGCAGCCAGUUCCCUGCUCAGCCAGCAGUAUGCCGCUUCCUUAGGUCUAGGAGCUGGGUUCCCAUCUACCCCAGUCGGCAAGAGCCCCAUGGUGGAGCAGGCUGUCCAGACUAGUUCUGUUGAUAACUUGAAUGCUAAGAAACUGUUGCCCAGCAAGGUCACCUCGGCGACACAGCUCAAUGGUCGCCAGGCUCAGCCAAGCAGCAAGCCUGCCAGCGAUGUAGUCCAGCCGGCACCUGUGCACACUCAAGGGCAGGUGAAUGAUGAGAACAGAAGACCUCCACGGAGGCGGUCAGGCAAUCGGAGAACAAGAAAUCGUUCCAGAGGACAAAACCGUCCAACUAACGUUAAGGAAAACACAAUCAAGUUUGAAGGUGACUUUGAUUUUGAGAGUGCAAAUGCCCAGUUCAACCGAGAGGAGCUUGAUAAAGAGUUUAAGAAGAAACUGAAUUUUAAAGAUGACAAAGCCGACAAGGGGGAAGAGAAGGACCCAGCUGUGAUGGCGCAGAGUGAAGAGACUGCUGCUGAGGAGGAUCUUCUGGGGCCUAACUGUUACUAUGACAAGUCCAAGUCCUUCUUUGACAACAUCUCUUCUGAACUCAAAACCAGUUCUAGGCGGACAACAUGGGCUGAAGAGAGAAAGCUGAACACUGAGACUUUUGGAGUGUCAGGGAGGUUCCUUCGUGGCCGCAGUUCACGUGGUGGAUUCCGGGGAGGCAGAGGAAAUGGGACAACACGGCGCAACCCCACUUCCCACCGAGCUGGGACUGGCCGGGUAUAAGGGUGCAGUACAAGGUCCAGCAGAGGCAGAGGUGCUGCCCUGAAGAUAAGGACAGAAGGCAACACUACAGUCAGCAGGAGAAGUGAACCUUGUGUACCAGCCUGGAAACCCUCAUACUGCUACUUAGUUUGGACUUAACCUAACUUGGACAUGGUCUGAGAUUUAGAACCACUUGGUUUUGGGGAAGUAUUUGUAGGUGACCUCUGAAGGUUUCUCGACCUACAUUUCCUUCUUGGUUGCACACAGCCUAAUAGUAAGGUUUUGGUAUUUUGCAAAAAGGUUUCUAUAGGCAAAGGCUCAAUCCUCACUUUGUAACUUUUUUUUUUUUAAUGACCGCUUUGACUCUUAAAAUGGAACCAAAUUUUAUUUGGCACAUGUGGUGUCCAAAUGUGUCUCUGCAACCCAUCUGGCCCCUGGUGCUGCUGGCCUGGUACCCCAACUGCUAAAAGUGGGAAGUCUCAGGAGCCAGGCAGGGCCAGCACAGGGUGAGCCAGUCACACGGGGUGGGAGGGCCAGGGCAGGGACAGGGUGGGGGGGUGUUCCAUGGAUCAUGUUGUGUAAUGAACCAGUGAUGUUCAGUGCUGGGGGCUAACGGGAUGAGUGAAGUAGUGGGAAGGGCGUGAGUGUCACGUAGAGCCUGCCUGCCUUCCACAGGCACUGAGGCAUAGUGUUGAAACCCAAGGCAAGCUCGUGUGGUGUGGUGUGUCCAACCUUCCUGUCUGCUUCAGCCUCUGGCUGCACUUAAGUGUUCUCAUUCACUUUUAAAUGAGCCAGUCUUUUUUUUUUUUUCUUUUUUUUAAGGUCACUGGCCUUAUUUCCUUGAUUGUAAAUAGUUAUGUGUUUAUUUUAAAGGUGGUGGAGGGAGGGCGGGGACAUAAAUUUGUUGCAUGAGUAAAUGUGUCAGAUCUUCUCUAUAAGCAUGCAUCCUCUGACUGACAGGGCACUGUUGAAAACAAGCACCUUGAUAACCCAAACCCUUCAGAAAGCCACAGCGCUUCAGUGCUGUGCUGAUGAAGUCACGGCGUAAAAUAGCCACAGAGCUUUGGUUCUGUACUGAUGAAGCCACAGCGUGAAAGCUUGGCUUUAUCUUUGUGUAGGACUUCAGAGCUGAGAGUAGAACAUAGCACUGGGGCCACUGUUGGGGAAAUGCAAACUAAAUAAACAUUGGACUCUUCAA